UUGAAGCUGAGCGCAGAGAUCUAUCUGAAGAGUCUGAACAGCGCUAACAUAAUGGACACGCCGUGGGCUUUGCAUCCGUUCGGCAAAAAGAUGGUCCAAUCGCUCAUUGAUCACUCGGUUCUCAAAUGCAAUGACAUUCAGACGGCGGCAAUGAUUGCCUGCACUUUCCAUACGACUGAUACCAAAUCAAAGUUACCGCCGAAACAAUCGCAGCCCGGAAUCGCCAAUAAUUCGCUUUACGUUUCCUUAAGACUAUUGAAGCCGGGAAGUUCUCCCUAUCAUACCGUCUGUUCCACAAUACAGGCGCCAAAUACUCCCGAAACGUACGGCGAUUGGAGUCUAAUCUCAGCGGUGGAGAGUCUGAAGAGGACGCGGUCUAACAGUUGGUCCGAUUUUGCCGAAAACGAGGCCCUCAUCUCGGGUCUGGUCAACAGCGCUAACAACAAUCAUAACGACAACUUUGCCCAACAGUUAGAGCUCGAGGCC